GUUUAAUCUUUACCGUCCGCCCUUUUUGCCCACCUUGUUGCGCGAGGCCCCCGCUUUUUGUCCACCCUUUUUGUCAUUUUUCAACCCGCAGGACCCUCACGAAGCAAACCCCUGGGGCCCUCCCGAGUCGGCCCCUUUCUCGCGCGCGGCAAGCUGGUUGCGCGCGUGUCGCCGCGGUUUCAUUCUGGGCUGAGUCGGCAACCCGCAGUGGCUUUGCGUGCCGGUAUGUAACGACCCGGCCCGGCCUGCUGGCGCGUUCAGCUUGGGCCUCUAUCGUCUGGGCCGAGGGCCGCCCGAGGUUCGGAAAAUAGCCACAGCCAGGCUGGUUGUGCAGCAGGAGUGAGAGUGAGACUGCAGACGGACACCGGAAAGGGAACAAGGCCAAUGAAAGCGCUGGGGCCCGGAGGCGCCAUCGAGCGCACUCGCGCCGGAACGGCCUGGGCAUGCACCGAGCAGAGCCUCGGCCGUCGGGAAAUCGGGGGGCAGGCCGCGCAAAAGGCGCGAAGCACCACACCACGGACGCGGGGGGAAUCCCCGCGCGCGGCGGCAGCGACUUGGCGCGCCGGCUUCCCCCGGCGCCCGGGCGCCCCGGGAUGAAGGUCCAGCGCUGAGGCUAGGCCCACUGUCGGCGAUUCUUGCCCUUCUGUGAUGGGCGUCCCCGGUGUGGGGGCACGGGCGCCCCCAAGCAUGGCGCAUUCGGGCACGCCGAGACGAAGCGCUUCGAAGCCGGCGAAAUCCACUACAUGCGGAGCGGGCACGCAGGGCGGGAGAGGAUGCUCCAGGCCGCGCGGUCGGAAUGCCAGCCACCGCCAGGCCGCGCGGGCGCACCCCCUGCAGCUGCCCGGCCCAAGCAAACACUCAUUGCGCGACUCGUUUGGCGCCCGGCGCAGUGAUUGUGUUGGCCAGGCAGCCUUUGCAACCUGCGCGCCCGCCUCGGUUGGUGGGCAUGCAUUGUUUGCCGAUGCGCCUGCGGUUGGUGGUGGGCUUGCUCACCAUGCCAUCUUUCAACAGGCAUUGCCUGUGGUGCGCAGCAGGCACAAAGCACCUUCGGGUGGCUAUCGCCGUUGCUCCACGUACGUCAAAAGAAGAAGCGAAAUAUCUGUAGGAAAAUGCGUGCAGGCUUUCAGGCAGCUUCGACGCUGA